AUGGCUCGCGAAGUUCAGCAAAAGAGCGGCAUCAUUGCCGGCCUCAAUGCUGGCCACAAAGUCACACCACGCCAAUCCAAGCCGCGUGUGUCGCGCAUGAAGGGACACCUCAGCAAGCGCACUGCUUUCGUCCGUGAUGUCGUGAAAGAGGUUGCCGGCCUCGCCCCAUACGAGCGCCGCGUCAUCGAACUUCUCCGUAACAGCAAGGACAAGCGCGCCCGCAAGCUCGCAAAGAAGAGACUCGGAACAUUCGGCCGUGCGAAGAGAAAGGUGGACGAGAUGACCAACGUCAUCGCCCAGGCAAAGAGAGCAUAGAUGGGAGAUGGGACGUGGACUGUUACGAAUGGAAAGUCGGGGUGAUCUCAUGGUGCAAGGCAUGAAAGGCGUAUACGGCACGGACAAUGUUUCUCUAUCACAGAAGAAGGUCGGCUAUGCUCUUCACGGCCCGGCUUACUGCGGAAAAGGCAGGUCAAUGGUCGGAUCAGUUGGCUUCGUAUCGCUGAAUGAAUGUGCAUUGAGAGCCUUCACACCAA